CACAAGAUGGCGGCGGCGGCGCGCUGCGCCCGCGGGCUGGGGCUGCCAAGGGCAGGCCAUGGAAUUUCUGUCCUGACUGCAGCACCGUCGGUGUUGCUGCAGCACCGGCAGGUCCAUCACGCUGUGAUCCCUCAUGGGAGAAGUGGAAGAUCCUCUGUCAGUGGCAUUGUGGCCACUGUCUUUGGAGCCACAGGUUUCCUGGGACGAUACGUUGUCAACCGCUUAGGUCGCAUUGGCUCUCAAGUCAUCAUCCCCUAUCGCUGUGAUCAGUAUGACCUGAUGUAUCUGCGGCCCAUGGGCGACCUGGGGCAGCUUCUCUUCAUGGAGUGGGACUGUCGGGACAAAGAUUCCAUCCAAAGAGCCGUGCAGCACAGCAAUGUGGUCAUUAAUCUUAUUGGAAAGGAAUGGGAAACAAAAAACUUCAGAUUUGAAGAUGAAUUUGUAAAUAUUCCUCAAAGUAUUGCACAGAUAAGUAAGGAAGCAGGUGUGGAAAAGUUCAUUCAUAUCUCUCACCUGAAUGCUAACAUGAAGAGUCCUUCCAAAUACCUCAGGAACAAAGCUGUUGGAGAGAAGAUGGUGAGGGAAGAAUUUCCAGAUGCUGUAAUUUUGAAGCCCUCUGAGAUGUUCGGGAGAGAGGACCGAUUUCUCAAUCAUUAUGCAAACAUGCGCUGGUUUGGUGGUGUGCCUCUUAUUUCUCUGGGCAAAAAAACAGUCAAGCAACCAGUCUAUGUGGUUGAUGUAGCAAAGGCAAUUAUUAAUGCAAUUAAGAAUCCUGAUGCAAAAGGAAAAACAUAUGCCUUGGCUGGCCCUCACCGGUACCUCCUGUAUGACAUGGUCGAGUACAUCUACACCAUUUCCCACCACCCCUUCAUUCCCUACCCACUGCCACGGCCUCUCUACCAUUUAGUUGCAAGAUUCUUCGAGAUGAAUCCAUUUGAACCGUGGCUGACACGGGACAAGGUGGAUCGGUUUCACACAACAGACAUGACAUUUCCUGACCUUCCUGGUUUUGAAGAGCUGGGGAUUGAACCAACCCCCCUGGAACAAAAGGCCAUCGAAGUCCUGCGCCGUCACCGCAGGUUCCGCUGGUUGGAUGCUGAGCUGGAGGAAGUAAAGCCAAAAACACAGCCCAUGUAACAGCUGGCAAGGGGGAUACUUAAAGCUUCUUAAACUGCCUUUGGAUGACCCAACCUCUUUGGAGAACUGUGUACAUACUGAGUAAAA